CGCUGGCAAUCUGUUUGUCUGGCUUGACUCAGUGUUUGAUAGGCUCUCCUCUUCCACCAUUUGUCCAAUCUCAAUCAGUCAAUUCAAUACAGAUACCUUCAACAAACUUUCAUGAUUCUUCGCUCCUCCAGGAGAUUACUUGACGAGCACGGUGUACUCAUCCGAUAGUCGUAAUAAUUAUGUGACUUACAUUUAUUCCUACACAUUUAGGCUUUUCGGAAAGGUUAAAAUUGAAACAGAAAAAAAACAUGUCUUUGUUAUUUUAUUAUAUACUCAUCUUGGCAGUUGGUGUGAAGCCAUGCCAAAAACAACAACCAGAAGAAAUCUAACUUCAAGACGAGUGUAUGGUUUGAAAGAUAUCAAGAAUACACUUGCUCGAUUUUUAUGCGAUCCAAAAUAUUUCUGGCAUCUUGCAGGUUUAGUACUUGUAGGUGAAUUUGUGUUGAGCACGUUGAUUGUACAAAAAGUAUCCUAUACAGAGAUCGAUUGGAAGGCAUAUAUGCAAGAAGUCGAAGGAUUUUUAAACGGUGAGCGCGACUAUACAAAGCUUAGAGGAGAUACUGGACCCUUGGUGUACCCAGCUGGAUUUGUCUAUAUCUAUUCCCUCCUGUAUUAUCUCACAAACAGGGGCACCAACAUCCGCACUGCUCAGUACAUGUUUGAAGCUCUUUAUUUGAUCAACCAGUCAAUCGUAAUGGGCAUCUAUAGUCGAUCCAAGAAAGUUCCACCCUAUGCGAUUCUAUUAUUGGCAUGCUCCAAGCGAUUUCAUUCGAUCUUCUUGCUUCGUUGUUUUAAUGAUCCUGUAGCCAUGUCCUUUAUGUAUGCGUGUAUUUUGGCAAUGACAUAUCGACGAUGGACACUAGGCACCGUUUUAUUUAGCUGUGCACUGUCAAUCAAAAUGAACGUUUUAUUAUUCUUUCCAGCUUUUGGAAUAUUGUUAUGGCUGACGUUGGGUGCAUGGAAGACAGUGGGGCAAUUGGGAUUAUUAGCCAUGACCCAAGGAUUGCUGGCGUAUCCUUUUCUUGUGAGUUAUCCCAAGUCGUACUUUUCUAAAGCAUUCGAGUUUGGCCGUGCCUUUGACUACACUUGGACCGUUAACUGGCGCAUGAUCAGCAAAGAGACAUUCUUAUCGGAUUGGUUUUCAAAGUUACUUCUAGCAGGACAUGGAGGUGUUUUACUUGCCUUUAUCAUCCACAUUUGGCUGAAACCUAAAGGCGGUUUACUAAGCGUAUUGAAAAGAGGAUUCGCCGGUGGAAGCGUCAUUAUUUCAAAUGAUGAUAUUAUAUCGAUGAUGUUCACAUCUAAUUUGAUUGGAAUCCUAUUUGCAAGAUCACUACACUAUCAAUUCUACUCUUGGUAUUUUCAAACCCUUCCCUACUUGCUCUGGACUAGUGAGUUAUCAGUAUCUCAAUUUCCGAUGACAAGAGUCUUGAUAUUAGCGACAAUUGAGAUGUGUUGGUUAACAUUCCCUUCUACAAAACAAAGUUCCUAUACAUUGCUUGUUUGCCAUUUUAUGCUAUUGGUUGGUAUUUAUAGAUAUCAUUUAAGCCGAGAAGAAGUCAAGGUCAAAACCUAAACUUUUAAUAAAGUCGGUCAAUACUGUUUUUUUAAUUAUUGCCGUUAGUU